AUGAAUCGCAAUCCCAGAUAUGAACCAAGCGAUGCCGUGGCACCAAGCGCCGGUGGCUCAACAGACGGCCGGUCCUCAUCUUCUCAAACUGCACCACCAGGCAUAGUGUCGAAAGGGAAAAGUAAGCAAACCGCACCGUCGGGCCAGAGACUUCCGGCGGUCAUUUCAUCCCCGGGCCUUCAGAAAGGCAUUGCGGGGGGCAGCCAUCGCCCAAUCGACCAAACUUUCAAGAUGAACCCAGUGAAUGGUACAAUGUCCUUGGCCAUACCAAUUCCAGUAACUGAGGGACGUGGCGGAUUUGGCCCGAAGCUGGAAUUGUCGUAUAAUUCGGGCUCGGGAAAUGGCUGCUUCGGAAUCGGCUGGCAACUGAACUUGAGUUGCAUUACGCGCAUGACUUCCAAACGUACUCCUAUGUACGAUGGGACCGACACCUUCCUGCUGAGCGGCGAGGAUGAGUUGGUCUGUAUGGGUGAUCCUGAACGUGUUGGCGAUGAUUUCUCUGUUCAGUCCUAUCAACCUCGAGUCAUGGGAGAUCCUCUGAAAAUCGAACAAUGGAGCCGACUGAGCGAUCCCUGCGAUGUUCAUUGGAGGACGAUUUCAGGCUCUAAUGUCACUUGCAUUUAUGGCCAGUCAAGCCAAACGCGAAUCUCAUGUGAGGAUCAGUCUGGCCGCACCUAUAUCUUUUCUUGGCUGCUGUGCAGUUCCUACGACUCCUUUGGGAAUUUAAUCACCUAUGAAUACAAGGAGGAAGACACGCAGGGCCUUGACACUUUGUCGCCUGAAGCGCGAUUUCAGGAACAGGACCGAGCGAUAGAAACAUUUGGGCGUGCGAAGUACUUGAAAGCGAUCAAAUACGGCAAUACACUUCCUAAUCGAGAUAUGGAUACUUGGAAGGCAUUUCAAUAUGAUGGACAGUAUCACUUCCAGAUAGUUCUGGACUACGGAGAUCAUGAUAUCAACAACCCGGAUGUUCAGGAAGACUCACCCUGGUUGGUCAGACAAGACCGAUUCUCAACAUCUUCAGCCGGGUUUGAAGUUCGCUGGCUACGGUUGUGUCGCCGCAUUCUCAUGUUCCAUUACUUCCCGAAGGAGUUUUCAGAGAAGCAUCGCCUUGUGCGUUCUGUCUCGAUGCAGUACCAAGAGUCAUCCGUGGCCUCCUUCUUAUGUUCACUGACAGAACGGGGACAUUUGUUCAAUGAUGAAACGAAGGAGAUGGAACAUCAAGCGCUACCACCUUAUACUUUCCAGUAUAAUAUGCCGAUCGAUGUGUCCAGCGCCAAGGUUGAACACAUGAAUACCGAGAACUUGCCAGAUUUACCCAGUGCAGAUGGGAAUGAGUGGCAAUGGGUGGACUUGCUAGGGGAGGGGGCGCCUGGUCUACUUGAACAACGUCCCGACGGCUCAUGGAACUUCCGUAAGAAUUACAAUAUCACAAAGGAUUCAUCUACCCCGAAGUUCGAUUCAUCCAUGACCAUACCUGCCCGACCGAACCGAAACUUGGGCAAGUCCGCUUACUUUGAGGACUUGAAUCAAGACGGAAAGCUGGAACUAGUCUGUUUAGACGAAGUAAACAGGCUGGAAGGCUUCUACUACCAGUAUGAUGAGAAAUGGGUUGGCUACACCACCUUCUCUUCGAUCCCAAAUCGGGAUACCACGGCGGUGUUCUUCAAGCAGCUUGAUCUUACUGGAGAUGGGCUUGCGGAUCUUGUGGCCGUUGAUCCCGUGAACAGGGAGAUUAUGUGGCAAGAAAACCGAGGCACAGCUGGAUUUUCUCCAUUGAGGCGAUCUGUCAACAGAACGGGUGUUCCACAGCUGAUGUCUGAUUACCCUACUGUACAGGUCACUUUUGCUGAUAUGACUGGUGACGGUCGGUCAGAUAUCGUACAAAUCUCUUCUGGCUCUGUCAUAUAUUGGCAGAAUCUAUCACAUGGGCAGUUCAGCGAACCGAUCCGCAUGUACAAUGCCCCGAAGCUGGAAAGUGAUACAUCCAUUGCCGAAAGAAUACGCCUUAUUGAUAUCAACGGUUCGGGUACCAACGACCUGAUCUACAUGCCUGCCAGUGGCGGUCUGCACAUUUAUUUCAACCAAGCAGGAAACGGCUGGAGUGAUCCAAAGAUUCUGGAGUCAUUUCCGCCGGUCAACCAACUGAGUAGCAUCUCUACUGUGGACCUUUUUGGUAAAGGAACAGCAUGUUUAUGUUGGACCGGCAAAGUACCAGGGUCCAGUUCAGCGCAGACUCUCUACUAUAUCGAUCUUGCCCCUGGACCAAAGCCCAACUGUCUAGCUUCAUACCAAAACGGGAGAGGAUCUCGAGUAGAGGUCUCGUAUCGGUCUUCCAACUGGUAUUACCUCCAGGAUGAGCGAGCUGGAGCCUCUUGGUCUACGAAAAUAGGGUUCCCCAUUCAAUGUGUGAGCCAAGUCAGGAUCCUAGAUGAUACGACUGGACUUCUGAAUACCAAGAGUUUCACUUAUCAUGAUGGCUACUACGAUGCUCCUGAUAGGGAAUUUAGAGGCUUUGGAAUGGUCGAACAACGCGAAUCUGUCGUUUUCAACAUCAGUACCUCCUCGGAAGUCCGCCAACCUGCCACCCUUACCAAAACCUGGUUCCAUACAGGAGCAAUGAGACCAACUAUAUGCCACCUAGAGCGAGCAUCUUGUGCGGGUCUAUUCGGUCCUUACUGGUCCGUCGAUUCAGCCAAGCUUGAAGAUCGGCAGGACACCUGCCGGGCUCUCAAAGGAUCUCAACUGCGCGAGGAAAUCCUUGGAGACGAUGGGACUGGACUUACACAAGAUGUCUACCAAGUCACGGAUACUGCUCACCAGGUGUUCCAGCUCUCGCCUAAAAAAGGCCCACUGAAGCCGGGCACAUAUCGUUGCGUUCCACGUGAAAUACUCAAGACUCAAAAUGAUCGGUCGCCAAAAUCACUGCCACGCUACCACCAUGAACUCGUCCUGGAGACUAAUAGCUUCAAUGAUAGACUGAAAUCAAUGGAGAUCUUCUAUGGGCGCUCAAACGGAAAGAUCAUGGAUUCUUCCCAGAAGGAAACUGUCUUGACUUACACAGAGAACGAAUAUUGCUUGCCUAUCCUCGACAAUGGUAAUGAGAUCUUUGUAAAGUCAAUGCCGUCAGUCACUCGCAAGUAUCGCAUUGUUGGCCUAGACUGCUCAAGCGACAACAUACAGUCGGCCUUCACCAGGUUUACCCAUGGUAGCUUCCAGACUUUGCGGAGUAUUCCCGAAGUCCCAUACACAGAUCAGAUGCUACCUCCAUAUUCUUCAGAAGCCCGCGUAAAAGUCGAAGAGAGGCGGACAUUAUACCGCAAUCAGGACUUGUCUCAAGAAGGUCCCUUGCCUCUGGGUCAAUUUCAGGGCUACUCGGUGAUGCAUGGUAUACUUGACCUGGCUGGAGGAGACAGAUGGUUUCAAGACCUGCUCAAGGACUAUUUACCUAAGAGUUCAGACUUGGAUAGUUUUAUGACUACAUAUGGUUACAUCAAGACGACGGAGGAAGACGGUGCUGUACUAUGGUGGCGCCCUUCUUCGCGUACUCUCUUCGGCCCUGACGCAGAAAAUGAACUCACCACUGCCAGAAGCUGCUUUUACACACCGACGGUUACCCAAGAUGCCUUUGGCAAUCGGACUACAGUUCAGAUGGAUGACCACAACCUCCUCCCGAAACUUUCUACUGAUGCGGUGGGAAACGUAACCGAGGUGGAUAUGGAUUACAGAUGCAUGUCUCCGUUGUGUGUUGUUGAUCCAAACCGCAAUCGAACCGCCUAUAGCUACGACCUGUUGGGUCGAGUCGUGGCAACAGCCCGAUCCGGGAAAGAGAACGAAUUAGUUGGUGACAACCUAAGCACGGCUUCCAAGCUACCGUCGCAAGCUGAUAAAGUUGCCUUUUUUGCAUGUCCGACGCAAGAAGCUGCUUUCAAGCUGAUAGGUGGUGCCACUAGCUACCGGCUGUACUGCGACGCUCAAACCAAGCGUUCCAGCAACCUUUCAGAUGCCGGUCCAACUGCCUUAAUCGACCUGAGUCGAAGGUCCCAUAAUGAGGAUGGAACCAGUGCUAGUGAUAUUUCCAUAUCCAUCACCUACCUGGAUGGUAAUCUCGCUGAGCUGCAAACGACCGGCUUGACUGACGCAGGGGAAGAUGGAUAUAAGUGGAACAUUGGUGAAUGGAGUUUACGAAAUAGCAAAGGGGACCCGGUUCGCACGUUUCAGCCGUGCUAUGCCGAUUCACAUGGAUUCAUUCAUCCUUCUGAAUGUCAGUCGAAAGCAACCACUAUGAUCUACGAUCCUCUCAGCAGACUAGUUGGUACAUUGUAUCCUGACCACGCCUACUCGAAAGUCAGAUAUGAGACUUGGACAACUACAAACUACGACAGAGGGGAUACAGUCUUGAUGGACCUUUCUGAGGACAAUGAUCUCAGUAUCUAUGCCAGGGAUCUCGGAAAAGAGAAUUAUAGCCCCAGCUGGCACGCUGCCUCUUUGACCCAAGAGCUUUCACGUAGGGCUGCAGCAAAGGCUUCAGAGGUUUACUGUGAGACACCCGAUGAAACGUAUCUGGAUGCGCAAGAGCGCCCAGUUCUCAGGGUCAGAGACUGCAAAACAGCCAAGAUAGAGACGCGUAGUCUUUACAAUCUUGCAGGUCAUUUGGCUCAAACAAUAGAUGGUAGAGGUCGCCUUGCUGAAAGCGUUACCUCUGACUUGCUAGGCCAUGGCAUACUCUGUCGAGGCAUGGACACGGGCACGGUAUUCACCUUUCUCGACUGCAUGAAUCGCGCUGUGAUUCUGAUAGAUGGCCGUAGCUGGAAGCAACGGUCUGUCUACGAUGCUGCAGGCAGAAAGACCCAUCUCUGGCUCUCGCACCACGGUGGGACCGAGUUCUUGGCAGAGCUGACUCGCUAUGGGGAGGCUGUAGAGAAUGCUGAGUCUCUGAACUUGCGUGGAAAGGUAGCUGAGGUCCGGGAUCAGUCAGGUAUUCAGAAGAGUAAAGUCUUUGACUUCAAAGGAAAUUGUGUCGAGUCAACUACCCAGUUCACAACUGACUACAAAAGAUGGAUCGACUGGAGAGCUGAGAGCUACCCCGAGCUAGACCCCGAGGUUUAUACGGUUCGAAAGGCUUAUGAUGCCAUGGACAGGGUAGUUGAGUCAUAUGAUGUCGAAGGUGCAGUUACAAGGCAUAGUUAUAGCAUUUGUGGACAGCUCAAUCGGGUUUCAUACAGAAACAGAGGGCAGAAGGAUGACCUCUGGGAAGAUUACAUGAGUAACAUGAGGUACGUGGCUGACGGACAGCCGGAGCAGAUCCUGUACGGAAACGGUGUCUUGGCAACCUUUCAGUAUGACUCGGCGACCAGACUCAUGAUUCGCAAGAGACUCAUCCGCCAAAACGACAGGAGGGUCAUGGAAGACACACAAUAUUCACACGAUGUUAUGCACCGGGUGAUUCAGUCCGAUGAUGCUGCCCAGCCAGUCUCCUAUUUUAACAAUACUGUCAUUGAUGCAAGAUGCUCUUACACUUACGACACUAUUGGUCGUCUCUCAUCGGCCCAAGGUCGCGAAUAUGCUAAUACUAAUGGGCGAGGGAAGUCGUCUGUGGGCAUACCUAGUGACAGCACCCGCAUCUGCAGAUACACGGAAGAGUACCAGUAUGAUGACGCUGAUAACAUCACCCAAGUGAAACACCACGCAGGGCCGAAAGGACAGAUGUGGGUGCGGAAUUAUGCGUACGAGGAAGAAAGUUUGGUCAAGAAAGGCGAAUCGGGAAAUAGGCUCAGCUACACUUCGAAGAGUGGUCAAAUAGAGAAAUGGACCUACGGCGAUGAAACUAGCACGGGCUUUGCUGGUAGUAUCAUUUCCGGUGGCGGGAUGCAUUCCAUGUACUGGGAUCCUUUCAACCGUCUCAAGUCUUGCUCAAGGCAAUUCAAGAAGAGUGGUACACCAGAGACUACAUGGUAUGUGUACAACAGUGAAGGAAAGAGGCUACGAAAGGUGACGGAGCGAUCAUCUUCUGGUUCAGAGGAUCCCAGAAAGCUCAAAGAAACAUUAUUCUUUUCCACUCUGCACAUAUAUAAGUGCAAGACUGGGGAUGAAUCUGGCUACAGCAAGGAUAAACGGUACCAUCUGAUCAAUACUGCUGAACAGAAACUCGUGGCCAUUGCCGAAGAGGACAAAGCGUUAUCUUCGCAGUCUCCUCCUCUGGUCCGAUAUCACAUGUCUGACAAGCUAGAGUUGGAUCAGUCGGGACUUGUCAUAACUUACGAGGAGUAUUCACCGUUUGGUUCAAGUUCCUUUUCUCUCCGACGAUCAAAACAAGAGGCAUCCCGCAAGUACAGAUUUGCUGGUUACGAGAGAGAUAAAGAGACGGGGCUAUACUACUGCAACGCGCGGUACUAUGCUCCGUGGCUUGGGCGUUGGAUGUCACCAGAUCCUGUCGGAACCAGGGAUGGGCUGAACUUGUACUGCUACUGCAGCAAUGAUCCGGUAAACUACAUCGAUCCUACCGGAACGACGGGCCUAAUGAAGGCAAUGCAAAUAGCAGCAGUGCCACUAUUGAAGAACGUCAUGAGAAUGGACGAAAACACGAGAAUCAGGUCCAUGGUUCAGGCCUACCAGCAAUCCUGGCUAUCUCAGUCUUCCAAGCCGCCUCGAGAUUCAUCUCCAGCUCUCAAGGACGAUGUCAAAAUCGUGAAUGAGCAUGAGGAACUAAACAACUUAAAGGAAUACAACGCGAUAAUGGAACAUGAAGUACAGAAACCGCUGCCAGGCAUGUCCCUAGAACGGAUGAGGGAAUUAGAAACGUACACCAUGGAUCAGUACAUGACUGAGCUUGCCAAGGAAAGUCUGAUUGCGGUAUACCAGAAGGGCGUCGGAGCUGCUACUUGCACAAUCGCUACACAGAUCGCCCUACUAGCCAUCCCCUUGCCUGCGCGGGUUGCGCUUGCUUCGUUUACUGGCGGUGUCGUUGAUGAAGUUGCGGAAGUUGGAGCGGACAAGUUUCGUGAGUGGCAGGCGGGUCCGAAUGAAUUCGCGCAGAGGGACGCACAGAGACACGUAAAACUAAUUAGCAAGGUAUUGGGCGGCCCGCAAGGACUGGGACAGGAAUGGGGGAAGAAUGGGGUCUAA